CAAUUGAUAAGUUCACAGUAAACUUUUAAUAGUUCAAAGCUAGAAAAAUGCUGAGUCGAAGUUCUUUAACACUGCUGCUCAUCAGCUUGGUGGUAUCCGAGUUCCUAAUCGGGGAUGUGAGCGGAGCACCACCCGGGAGGAACGUAAACGAAAAAGACAUGUAUGGACACACAGCUCUGCAUAGAGCUGCUUUGACUGGCAAAGUGUUGGAAGCUCAAAGACUCAUCGCUGAAGGAGUCGACCCUAAUAUUAAAAAUAAUUUUAAUGUGACAGCUCUGGAUUAUACUGCUAUGAAAGGUCACAAGAGUAUCGCCGAACUUCUCAUCCACAAUGGAGCCAAUGUUCAUACUGAAACUAAUACGAAAUGGACACCUCUUCAUUCAGCUGCAUCCUUUGGUCACAAGAAUGUUGCUGAAUUUCUCAUCCGUAAUGGAGCAAAUGUUAAUAGUGAAAAUAAUGUGAAAAACACACCUCUUCAUUUAGCUGCUGAGAAUGGUAAUAGUUGA